UAGGCGCUCAUACUCUACCAAUGUCCAAUAAGCAGCCCACACACACAGCACAUCGUUGAGUGGAUUAGCCAGAGCAUUCAUAGCGCCAAAUAAAGAUACCUGUCCCUCCAAACAUGUCUGGGUCUGUGGAGCCUCUUAUUGUCGGGCGGGUGAUCGGAGAAGUUCUCGAUUCCUUUAACCCAAGUGUGAAGAUGACAGUGACCUACAACUCAAACAAGCUUGUCUUCAAUGGCCAUGAGCUCUACCCAUCAGCAGUUGUGUCUAAACCAAAAGUAGAGCUCCAAGGGGAUGACUUGCGGUCUUUAUUCACAUUGGUUAUGACAGACCCAGAUGUCCCAGGACCAAGUGAUCCAUAUCUAAGGGAGCACCUUCACUGGAUUGUGACUGAUAUACCUGGGACAACAUAUGCUUCCUUCGGGCGAGAGGUCAUAAGCUACGAGAGCCCAAAGCCCAGCAUUGGCAUCCACAGGUUCAUUUUUGUGCUCUUCAAGCAGGAUCGCAGGAAGCCUGUAAUUGUGCCAUCCUUCAGGGACCAUUUCAAUACACGCCAGUUCGCUGAGGAAAAUAACCUUGGCCUCCCUGUGGCUGCUGUAUACUUCAAUGCUCAGAGAGAAACUGCUGCCAGGAGGCGCUGAAAAUUCCAGCUCUCAUUAUCUGCGUUGUGAUAAAUAAGGGCCUUCCGAUCUUCUUUCUACAAGUCAAUGCUCUUAUUCUAUAUUACAUGCUCCUAAGUCAUACCCUACAAAUAAACCAGAUGCAUUUUGCAUAUUGUAUUGGCAUUAGAUGUUUUGUAAGCAGCAAGAUUGAGAAUCAUGAGUGAUCCAUGCUUAUAGUCAAAUUUUGUGUAUCACUGUUUGGUGGACAAGCCCCACAGGCAAAAAAAAGUUCAUCUACUGUUUGCAGUAUGCCGCUUAUGAGCUUCACACUAUGUGCACUUUUUCUGACAUGCAAUCUCCUGGAAACGAAAAUUGUUAGAUCUUGCUUUGUCACCUUGUAGAGUUGAAGACACGCUAAACUGCAU